GAUAAGAAAGAGUAAGGGAAAAAAAGGGUCCAAAGCACGUCGCCAUUGGAAAAAAAUAUUCCUCCUCCGCCCGAAACCUUCCCUCCGACAUCUGAAGACAACAAAACGGAACUGGGAAGCCAAUUCGAAUCUUGGUUUUCGCAGGUGAAUACAUAAUAAUACUGAUAUCUGUCCCCCCUUCGACCUCUUUUUCUUUCCCUGCAGCAAACAGAAAGUCAACUCUAUAUAUACACUUUUGCACCCACGUUGUCAGUUCUACCACAUGCGAUAACUCUACUUUGCGGCGUAACCUUGGUCGAGCUACACGCAAAAUUCGCCACUCUGGGCACACGGACCAAUUCCCACGCAUAUAUACUCUGCGCGAUUUGCCUUCCGUCCUCCUGCGCCCAUCAUGCUAAAUCGCCAUUACCAUCAACAACACCCGCUCUCUCCUUCGACCUAUCCAUCAUCCCGCUCGCAAUCUUAUCGCCACCACAACCUUGCCCUUUCAGACCCAGCCACGACUGGAUCACAGCAUCAACAGCAGCACCCACAACAGCAACAGCAGCAACAGCAGCUCUUCUUCCCACAGCAGUACCAGGAGGGAAUUUUGGAUCCCACCCAGCAACCCGGAUUCCACUCACCGUCCACCACCUCGUCAUCUCAGCCCUUCGCAGCCGUUCCUCUUACUCCAGCUCAGUCGCAACGGUCGAAUUUACCGUACCUCUCAACGCCACCAUCCUCCUCAGCUGCUGCCUCCCCAACGUACUCUUCUCCCGCCUUCUCCACCCAGAACUCCCCGUCCACGGAACUUGACUCGUCCUUUUGGCCCGAGACCGCCAGCUUUUCUAUGCAAGAUAACACCUACUCUUCACUGGGAGGUCUGCCGCACACGCCACCGAUCAAGGUCUUUCAGCCAGCCCCUCUAUUUGGGGACGACGGCUUCGAUCAGCAGGACGUCGCUGGUGCGUCCAUGCUGUUGCAGAGCGGCCUGCCCCUGGAUAACACGGAGUUCAAUAACCUGCUCAGCCCGGUGAAAUUCUGUCAAAACUCGCGACACUCCCAGCAGCAGCAGUUCUAUCCUGGCAUCAGCCACAAGAGAGCCUCAUCUGGGUCUUCGGUUCUCUCUCUUCCAUCGGCAUCGGCAGUACCCCCACUGGAAUCCUCAUUUUCUUCUGUCUCAUCCCCUGCGAAUACUACCCACCAAGGCUACUCUGUAUCAAGCCCAUCAAGACCUCUCCCUACUCCACAGCGCACUCCCGUUCAGACUUCCUUCCUCGCGCCUCCUGCCUACAACUCUGGCGCCGGAGAUGCUUGUAACACGGAGACUGAGAUGGCAAUGAGAAGAGCUAUCCUUGAGCAGCAAAGACAUCCUCAUCAAGAACAGCAGCAUCGUCGCACCAACCAGCAGCAAGGAGAGGACGAGGCGACCUUUCCUUACUCCUUAGCUCAGUCCGUCUCCAGUCUGAGCCAUAACUCUCCUGCCACACCCCAGACGAGCUAUCCAGACGAUUUUGACGAAAGCAACAAGUCGCUAUCGCAUGGUGAGACAAAUCUUCCUGACAUUGAUCGCUGGAUGGAUGAAUACUUACAGGCCGACGCCUUUGCAGACCUCGGAUCUCAGUCUAGUUCUCAGAUUGGAAUGCCAAAAUUGAAUCGAACUAUAUCAGACGUCUACCAAGACGAGUUGUACAAUCCACUCAUGGCGGCACCUCAGCAGGAAACGAAACCAGUACAACCGCGAGUCAACAAACCUUACGCCCCUUAUCUCAAUGUUAUGGCAGACCGUCUCCAAGCUGCGCAGCAAGGCCAUAUCUCCGCUCGUUCCCACUCACCCAACUCAAACAUCGCUCGGCAGCGCUCUCCAUUUCGCCACGGUUCCCCCUACGCUCAAAUGCCUUCUGCUUACACUUCAGCACACCUGCAGCAGCCAACGCACCCUACCUCUGGCCUGAGAGGAAUGGAGCUUAUGGGCACUGGCUCAGCGGCACAGGAUGAACCCAAGACGAUAUCACCAAAGGAUGCGUUGCUGGAAUAUCACGAACCCGAAGAGGGUAACGUCCCCUUAUUUCCAUCGCAGACAGACUCCUCCCAGUACAAUGUUCCUACGACCAUGACCACUUCCCCUGAAUUCCAGCUCUCCGCGAACUUUACUCCUCUCAGCCAAUAUCCCAACCAGUUUGGCCAGGGUGGAGACCAAAACGGCCAAUUUUACCUACCGCAGCCACAGCAACACCCGCAAAUGCCCAGGCAGCCACAGCAGGGAACUAUGCGAAGCCAUCAGCCUCAACAGCAGCAACCGGAUCGCACGUUGAUUCAGCACACGCCUGAAUUCCCAGCGCACGUUCCAUCUAUGGAGUCUACGAAUAGCGAGAGGAAUAAUUCGGGAGUUUCAUCAACUCCAACGCGUCCGCAGCCACAGUCUCCGAUCAAGAGGCCGCUGGAUACUUCUUCUGAUGCUGGGACCUACAGCUGCACCUACCAUGGAUGCACUUUACGGUUUGAAACACCGGCAAAGCUCCAAAAGCACAAGCGCGAAGCACAUCGCCAGACUACACCUGGUUCCCACGGCCUUGCGCGGGACGGAUCAUCUCUUGCCAUGCGAAAUUCCCAGGCCGGGCCCCAUAAGUGUGAGCGGAUCAACCCGUCGACGGGAAAGCCAUGCAACUCUAUCUUUUCCCGCCCUUACGAUCUCACUCGCCACGAGGAUACCAUCCACAAUGCUCGCAAGCAGAAGGUACGGUGCCACCUCUGUACAGAGGAGAAGACCUUCUCUCGCAACGACGCUCUGACCCGACACAUGCGGGUGGUCCAUCCUGACGUCAACUGGCCAGGCAAGCAGAGACGGAGAGGCAGAGAGUGAGCUGCGAUCCUGGACCCACAGCGUUGUUUCCGCGCCAUUUGGAUCUGCAGAAUAUGGUUUACCCAUAAUCCCAGACAUGAGAUCUUCACUCGUCUUGUCAUGACGCUUGAGACCAAGGAAAUGACAUCCCGCCAAGAUGACCUGUGUCUGAGCCCGCGGUGUGCUCAGCAGUGAUCGGCUUUUCUUGGUUGCUGCCCUGUCACCCAGUCCCUGCUCGGGAGGCGCCGGAUGACGUCAUUUGAGACGCCAAGCGUCCCAACUUCGCUUGUAGCCGACCAUCCGGCCAACGCUCGGCUGCAGUGCUGCCCAUAGAAAUGCCCUGACGCCGGCUCUCUCUCUUUUCUUUCCUCUCGUUCUCGACUCUUGGAAUGUAUUUUGAUUACGAUGCAAGUUUAUGGAUUUGUUGGAUAAUUACGUUGAUGACUAACAGUACUGUUAUUUAUGGUUUGAUAUCAUAUUUGAUUCAUUUUUUUUUUUUAUUUAUUUACUUUUAGCGUGCGAAGGCGUUGGCAUGAGUGCGAAAACAAAAAUAAGUUCAAUCUGUAUGGCUCUGCAUUUUUGUUCUUUUUUUUUUUUUGCUUUUUUCCAUGGGAGGAUCGGAUGCCAUCAUAUGUCAUACAAGCGCAACAUCUGCAGCAGUGUGCGAAUUUGAUGAUCUUGUAUCAUCAAUCCCUUCUCAUUUGGAUUCGCUAUUUUCAAUCGUUCGCAUUUCAGUUCUAUACUCCCCCGAACCAGGGGCCUAUUCUCC